UGUUGUGAGUGACCUUUGACCCCACUUACUUGGUUUUCCUCCUAUGGAAAAACUUGACUGAAUUUUCCAUGGCCAUUGUGCUGUACUGAGGCAGCAAUCUGUUCAUUCAACUGUGGCUGAAAUUCAAGAGAGAUGUCUUCAAGACAUUUGAGUGGCUCAGCUGCUGCAAAGAAAGUGAAGGCAGUCCAAGCAAAGAAAAGGAGAGCCAAAGGAAAGCCUGCCAGGAAGCCUGAAGCCAGCAGGACUAAGGAGAAAAGCCACGACUCUGACCAGUAUUCUGACUCCUUUGAGGAGGACGAUGAUCGGUUGAGCACUGAUAAUGAGGAGCAAGAAGACCCGGGAGACUACUGCAAAGGUGGCUACCAUCCAGUGGCGCUGGGGGAUGAGUAUAAUCUGCACUACAAGGUCAUUCGCAAGCUGGGAUGGGGGCACUUCUCCACUGUUUGGUUAUGUUGGGACAGGAGGUCUGAACGUCAUGUUGCACUGAAGAUUGUCAAGUCAGCGAAGCACUACACAGAAACAGCAUUGGAUGAAAUCGAGCUACUUAGAAAGGUAGCGAGUGCCGAUCCCUCAUCAGCUGGCUGGAACUAUGUGGUCCAGAUGUAUGACAGCUUCAAACUUAUCGGUCCAAAUGGAACUCAUAUGUGUAUGGUGUUUGAGGUACUGGGUUGUCACCUGCUCAAGCCCAUCGUUCAGAGCAGCUACAAAGGACUACCCAUCCCUGCCGUCAAGAGCAUCACUAAACAAAUUCUCUUAGGGCUGGAGUACCUCCACGGUCGGUGUGGGGUGAUCCACACAGACAUAAAGCCUGAGAACAUUCUGCUCUGUGUGGACAAGGAGUACGUGAAGCGUCUGGUCACGGAUGGUACCAAGUCACGCUCUGCAGUCAGUGCUGCUCCUAGAUCAGCCACGAAGCCUCAAGCCCUCACCAAAAAUCAAAAGAAAAAAUUGAAAAAGAAAUUAAAAAAGAAACUCCAAGUUGAAGGAGGUCCCACUGAGGACGAUGGAAGUGACCUGUGUCCUAGUAACGGCCUUCUUGAGGACGAGGACAGUGGUGUGAUGAGCAUGGGUGUGAGCACCUCAGACAUCCAGACACAUGACGAGAGGCUACAGGAAGCCAGUGACUACAUCUGUGCCGACGACUCUACCACCAUGGAAGCAGAUGAAACCAAAGAUGAAACUGGCAGCAAAAACGAAAGCAAAAGCGACACUGUGGAUGAGGACUGGAGUGUACUAAAAGGCCCUGUAUCAGUCAAGAUUGCUGACCUGGGCAAUGCCUGCUGGGUGGAUCGUCACUUCACUGAUGACAUUCAGACGAGACAGUAUCGAGCCUUCGAGAUCCUUAUUGGGGCAGGCUAUGGUACAGCUGCAGACAUGUGGAGUGUGGCAUGCAUGGUGUUUGAGUUAGCCACUGGAGACUAUCUCUUUGAACCUCAUUCUGGCCAUGGCUACUCAAGGGAUGAAGAUCACAUUGCUCACACCAUUGAGCUGUUAGGAACUAUUCCUAAGUCACUGGCAUUGUCUGGACGGUAUUCCCCCGAGUUCUUCAACAAACGUGGGGAGUUGAAGCAUAUCCAUCACCUAAAACCUUGGAGACUGGAUGAUGUGCUCGUUGACAAGUACAAGUGGUCGAGAGAGGAUGCUGGAACCAUGGCCACAUUUCUACUGCCAAUGCUGGAGUUCUUUCCUCAGCACAGAGCCACGGCUACUGCUAGCUUGAAGCAUCCCUGGCUGGCUGAUGUUGACCUGAAGACAUAACUGUCAUGCAAACACACUAUCUCUUCCUACGCUCACUGCACCCAAUGAAUUCUAAAUUAUUAUUGCUGUUGAAUAAUCUCUUACUUAUAUAAUUAAAAUUCUUUGUACAUGCAUACGUAAUUAUUUUAAGCAACUCAUCAUUUCGCAAAAAAAUUUCUAUUGGACAUGGAA